AUGGCUAAUUAUCGGCCUUGGGCACUUUGUGCCUUGGCUAUAUGUUUGAUGGCAGUUAGUGUUUCGGCGGGUUACGAGUAUUCAUCUCCGCCGCCUCCAUAUGUAUACUCAUCUCCACCACCGCCUCCUUAUAAAUAUACAUCUCCACCACCGCCUCCUUAUAAAUAUACAUCUCCACCACCGCCUCCUUAUAAGUAUACAUCUCCCCCUCCGCCACCUUAUAAAUAUACAUCACCACCUCCGCCGCCUUAUAAGUAUACAUCUCCACCGCCUCCACCAUACGUUUACAAGUCUCCCCCACCCCCUCCUUAUAAGUAUACAUCUCCUCCACCCCCUCCUUAUAAAUAUUCAUCUCCAUCACCACCACCAUAUGUCUACAAGUCUCCGCCACCUCCUCCAUAUGUGUACUCAUCUCCACCGCCACCGCCCUACGUUUACAAAUCUCCCCCACCGCCGCCAUAUGUUUACAAGUCUCCCCCACCGCCGCCAUACGUUUACAAGUCUCCGUCACCGCCGCCUUAUAAGUAUACAUCUCCACCACCGCCACCAUACGUUUACAAGUCUCCCCCACCACCUCCUUAUAAAUAUUCAUCUCCACCCCCACCUCCUUAUAAAUAUUCAUCUCCACCACCACCUCCAUAUGUGUAUUCAUCCCCACCACCACCACCAUAUGUCUACAAGUCUCCACCUCCUCCUCCAUAUGUGUACUCAUCUCCGCCACCACCACCCUACAUUUACAAGUCUCCCCCACCACCUCCUUAUAAAUACUCGUCUCCCCCACCUCCUCCAUAUGUGUACUCAUCUCCGUCACCACCACCCUACGUUUACAAGUCUCCCCCGCCACCUCCUUAUAAGUAUUCGUCUCCCCCACCACCUCCUUAUAAGUACUCGUCUCCCCCACCACCUCCUUAUAAGUACUCGUCUCCCCCACCUCCUCCAUAUGUGUAUUCAUCCCCACCACCACCACCAUAUGUCUACAAGUCUCCACCACCACCACCAUAUGUCUACUCGUCUCCACCACCGCCACCAUAUGUUUACAAAUCUCCACCACCUCCUCCAUAUGUGUACUCAUCUCCACCACCAUCACCCUACGUUUAUAAGUCUCCCCCACCACCUCCUUAUAAGUACUCGUCUCCCCCACCUCCUCCAUAUGUGUAUUCAUCCCCACCACCACCACCAUAUGUCUACAAGUCUCCACCACCACCACCAUAUGUCUACUCGUCUCCACCACCGCCACCAUAUGUUUACAAAUCUCCACCACCUCCUCCAUAUGUGUACUCAUCUCCACCACCAUCACCCUACGUUUAUAAGUCUCCCCCACCACCUCCUUAUAAGUACUCGUCUCCCCCACUUCCUCCAUAUGUGUAUUCAUCCCCACCACCACCACCAUAUGUCUAUAAGUCUCCACCACCACCACCAUAUGUCUACUCGUCUCCACCACCGCCACCAUAUGUUUACAAGUCUCCACCACCUCCUCCAUAUGUGUACUCAUCUCCACCACCACCACCAUAUGUCUACAAGUCUCCACCACCACCACCAUAUGUCUACUCAUCUCCACCACCGCCACCAUAUGUUUACAAGUCUCCACCACCUCCUCCAUACAAAUACUCCUCUCCACCACCAUCAUAUGUAUACAAGUCUCCCCCACCUCCAUCAUAUGUAUACAAGUCUCCCCCACCGCCUCCUUAUAAGUACACAUCUCCUCCACCACCACCAUAUGUUUACAAGUCUCCACCACCUCCUCCUUAUGUGUACUCAUCUCCACCACCACCACCUUACAUUUAUAAGUCUCCACCACCACCCACUUACAUUUAUAAGUCUCCUCCACCUCCUCCAUAUGGUUACAAGUCUCCACCACCUCCUUCUUACAUUUAUAAGUCACCACCUCCUCCAUUUUAUUACAAGUGAUCUAUUCCUCACAUCCUUUACUAAGAAAUUGAUGCAACAAUUGGGUUUAUGUAAGUACUACAUUGUAUCUACAUAAGCUAUCUUAUAUUUUACCAUCCUAGUAGGGAUAUCAAUAUAUAAUUAAAAUCGUUAAAGCAUUUUUCAAUGUAACUCAAUUCCUU